CAUGCAGAGCAGCAGCAGCUCUCUCUCUCUCUCUCAGAAAUCUCAGUCCCUCUAACAAAGAAAGAGAAAAGGGGCAAGAAGAAACUCUCAAAUGACCGAUAACUCCCGCACAUAUCUUCUCCCCGCUCGAGUCGCGUUCCUCGCUCUUGUCUCUGCCACCGCUUUCUGCCUCUGGAAAUCUCGAACCCUCCGUAAGCAGAGGCUCUGCUCCUCUAACACUAACCCUAGGAAGAAAGGCAAGAUCUUCUUCUUCUCCGAGACCGGUACCUCCAAAACCCUAUCCCUUGGCCUCUCCAACCUCCUCUCCUCCCAUAACCUCCCUUUCGACCUCGUCGAUCCCUCUCUCUAUGAGCCCGAAGACCUCCCCACAGAAUCUCUCCUCCUCGUCGUUGCCUCCACCUGGGAAGACGGCAAUCCCCCUCCAAACGCUCAAUUCCUCUCCCGCUGGCUCUCUGAGAGCGCCUCCGAUUUCCGAGUCGGCUCCCUCCUCCUUUCGUCUUGCAAAUUUGCGGUCUUCGGUGUCGGCAGCCGAUCCUAUGGUCCCACCUUCAAUGCUGCUGCCAGGGAUUUCUCGCAGCAGAUGCGGGCACUUGGGGCGUCGGAGAUCCUGCCUGUUUGUGAAGGGGACGUCGAUGGUGGAGAUCUUGAUGAGGUUUUCGAUAGGUGGAGUCAGAGAUUGGUAGGUGUCUUGAAAACAUAUUUGGGAGCCAAAGACGAUUUAUUUGUUGACUCUAGGUUAGAGAGUGAGGGUAUGAGUGAGAGUGAGAGCUUUGGAGGUUCAGAAGAAGAGUUUGAGGAUGAAGAUGAGAAGAGCUCAGAAGCUGUUCUAGUCGAUCUGGAGGAUAUUGCUGGUAAAGGUCCUUCAAGGAGUUCUUCUGCGAAGGCAUCCGAGUCGGGCUCUAUUAAGUGUAAAUCAACAUCUUUAAGAAAUGGAGAGAAGGAGAUGGUAACUCCAGUUAUUCGGGCUAGCUUAGAGAAACAGGGAUAUAAAAUUAUUGGUUCACAUAGUGGUGUUAAGCUCUGUAGAUGGACCAAGUCACAACUCCGUGGCCGUGGGGGUUGCUACAAGCACUCAUUUUAUGGCAUAGAAAGCCAUAGGUGCAUGGAAACAACCCCUAGUUUGGCAUGUGCAAAUAAAUGCGUGUUUUGUUGGAGGCAUCAUACAAAUCCUGUAGGAAAGAGUUGGCAGUGGAAGAUGGAUGAUCCUUUGGAGAUAGUCAAUGCUGCCAUUGACCAGCAUACAAGAAUGAUAAAACAAAUGAAAGGCGUCCCAGGAGUAAAACAGGAGCGGCUAUCAGAAGGUCUCUCUCCCAGGCAUUGUGCCUUGUCACUUGUUGGUGAACCAAUCAUGUAUCCGGAGAUAAAUUCACUUAUUGAUGAACUCCACAGGAGGCGGAUCUCUACUUUUCUUGUUACUAAUGCCCAAUUCCCUGAAAAGAUUAGAAUGUUGAAACCUGUCACCCAGCUAUAUGUGAGUGUAGAUGCUGCAACAAAGGAGAGCUUGAAGGCAAUUGAUAGACCACUCUUUGGGGAUUUUUGGGAGCGUUUCGUUGAUUCACUGAAGGCUCUCCGUGAGAAAGAACAGCGGACUGUUUACCGUUUAACUUUGGUUAAAGGAUGGAAUGCUGAAGAUAUUGAUUCAUACUUGAACUUGCUUGGCAUUGGAAAACCUGAUUUAAUUGAAAUCAAGGGUGUUACCUACUGUGGCUCGUCUGCCACUUCGAAGCUGACGAUGGAGAAUGUCCCUUGGCACUCUGAUGUAAAAGCCUUCUCCGAGGCUUUGGCUCUUAAGACCAAUGGGGAGUAUCAAGUUGCUUGUGAGCAUGUACACUCCUGUUGCGUCCUUCUGGCAAAAGCUGACAAGUUCAAAAUCAAUGGCCAAUGGUUCACAUGGAUAGACUACGAAAAGUUCCAUGACCUGGUGGCUUCUGGAAAGCCAUUCAACAGUGUAGACUACAUGGCUGCAACGCCUUCAUGGGCCGUAUAUGGUGCAGAUGAAGGUGGGUUUGAUCCGGAUCAGUCUCGCUAUCGGAAGGAGAGACGCCAUGGAGCAGCCAGCCUUCAGAGCUAGGAGAACAGAGAUAUAUAUUAAAUUCACAAUGUCUGGUGAGCCCAACCAAACUUUCUACUUGAGCCGAGAGAUGUUGGUUAAAAUUCGCCAUCCCGGUUUUUCUUUUUAACCCUUCUUUAUAUUGAGUUCUCAUCAUAUUGUAAUGCUUUUUUUCUUUUUUUU